GGCAGGUGCGACCCGGCUGCGCCCCUCCCUUUCCUUCCUGAUCCUCAUUCCAUCGCUGCCCGAAUGUUAUUUUGGAGCUGGCCAGCCUUUCCAGUAUCGAUUUUGCUCUGCUCUCUCCCUCGUCAACAAUGUUCUCCCAACAGUACAUGCCUCUUGAGCAGGACCGUCAAACAGAAUGGUGAAGCACGCGCCCAGAAUCCCCGAAUCGGAGUGGGAAAAACACAAACAGCGGAUUGUGUCGCUCUACCUCGAGCCUCGAUCGACGUUGGAAGGUACGAUGUUUCUCAUGAAGGAAAGACACGGCUUUGAGGCGAGUAAGAACCAGUAUCGGGCGAAGUUGAAGCAUUGGAAGGUGAGAAAAAACGCGACGCGCGACAUGUAUAUCUGGGUCGAUAGAAAGAUCAAACGUCGUGCACUAGAGGGAAAAGCUACGGACGUCUUCCUUGACGAGAAGCGGUUGUCCCUCAAAAAGCUUACAAAGGAGAUUGCUCGCAACGUGACUUUUACGGACUCGCUCGCCAACCUUGAGGUGCCGACGCCAGAAGGUAUCACCGUCGCUACACCCGCAGCCGGAGAUGCUGGAAGGUAUGAAAAGACAGCGGGCAUCCGACCCUUGCCUUUGUUGCAGUUGCGGGAUGAGGUCUUGCGCCUUGUUACUGAAAUUAUUCAUUCGGCGCGUGUUGAAGAAGUGCCACAGUACUUUCUGGCAUUGGAUGAAUCUGACGACAUUUUUGAUAAAGAAAUCAACAAGUCACUAUGGAUGUGGCCUGAAGCUCGUCCCUUGGAGAUAAACCUAUGCGCAAAUCCCAGUAUUACCCAUUCAACACAACAAGCGUUGGAAAGAAUGGGCACCUUACUUUGCCUCGCCAUCAACAAUCGAGUGUCCUGGCGAGUGCUUUACAAUAUCUUUCAACCCUUUAUAACAGAUUGGACGCAUGAUUUGCUCGGCUCCGUAUGCAGGUCGAAGACCACGUCGGCGAGGAUAUUAUGCAGGCUUAUUUUAUACGGGGCUGUCGAUACUGCAGACAUACUAGUAGCACAGAAAAUCAUAGAAAGUGGUAUUAAGAUCACAUCUCAUGACGGCCUGAUGACCCUCGCUUUCUGCACACGGAAUCCGAAGCUGGUCGAGCUACUUUGCAAAAAAGAAGUCCCUCUGGAGAUCAGCGAAUAUCCCCCGGAUAUAUUCACUAAAGAAGAAGAUGUCCAGAUGCUCCGCCUUCUGUUAGAAGCCGGCGUGGAUCCAGACCAUAUCAUUGAGGACGAGACGGCUGGUUUCCAUUUGAUACUUGCCGCCGAAAGAGGCUCUUUGGAAGCGGUUCAACUGCUUUUAGAGCACGGGGCAAGGGAAAGCUUGUACGACCCUAGCAAGCAUGGAAGUGCAUUACAGGCAGCAACGGCUUACGGACAUUGCGACAUAGUCGAAGCUUUGCUUUCUUCUCAAUCUCUUGCUGAUAUCGACGCACCAAGCAACUCCAAGUACCGGCCUCUGUUGGAUAAGGUCUUCCAGGACCCACACUGUGAUGUUGCCCUCGCGAUGCAAAGAGCGGCCAGAACCCCAAUCCAAAUCGCGGCCGCCAACAAUGACCUGGAGAUGGCCAAGCUACUACUGAGCCAUGCGUAUCUGAAUAGUCGACCGGCGGUUGGUUAUCACGAGAAAUUGCUUGAGGACGAACCACGCAAGACUGAGGUUGAAGAAUAUGGUGCUCUUACGGCGCUGCAAUACGCCAUAGCAAAUCAGAAUACUAAACUGGUAUGGCUCGUGUUAUAUCAUGGGGCUUAUCUGGAUCUACAAGGUCACAUUUUCAGCGACACACCGCUCCAGAUGUCUGCCAGUCUGGGGAACGAAAAACUAGUCCGCAUGCUCUUAGAUGCUCGUGCCAAAGUAAACGCUCCCCCAAAAAGGUUCAAAGGCCGGACAGCACUCCAAGCUGCAGCGGAAACGGGCAACUUGAAGGUUGCAGAACUACUGUUGGAACGCGGUGCGGAUAUCAAUGCACCUCCAGCGCAUGACCGGGGCUUGACAGCAAUUCAAGCAGCUGCACUCAAAGGGCAUGAUCCAAUGUUCGAGCUUUUAUUGGCAAAAGGGGCGGACAUAUAUGCUCCACCAGCCGAUAGAGAAGGAUUGACGACAUUGCAAGCAGCUGCUAUUGGUGGGAACGAUCAUAUGAUAGCUAGGCUAAUCGCCCUAGGCGCAGAUGGCGAAUAUGUGGCCCCUCAGGGAGGGCGCACUGCCCUGCAAGCAGUUAUUCGACAUAGAGACCAGGCACUGCUCGAAGCACUCCUCGACCACGGCGCCAAUAUAAACUCUCCUCCUUCAGAGUCCUCCGGAACUGCCCUUCAAGAAGCCAUAAAAUACAGGUGGUUCGACGGAGCAAGAUACCUUUUGUCCCGAGGCGCAGACGUCAACGCACGACCUCACGGUGAUGCGUCUUUUGGCGAUGAUCUCACAGCAUUGGGAUGGGCAAUCCAGAAUGACGACCUUGCUAUGACGGACAUGUUGCUAAUAAGUGGGGCGGAUGUUCAAUGCGCGCAGGAUAGUGCCUGCAGCUCGCCAACGGCAUUGCUAUUCGCUUUGCAUCGUGGCAAAAGCCCUGACAUGAUAGACCUGCUUUUUAGACCAGCCGACAAUAUAUCGAGCUGGCAAGCUGCUGAGUCGGCCCUGAUUGCUGCGAUAAAUAGCCAUUACAGCACGACGCCGGUUUACAAAAUGAUACUCAGCAACAUGCCCACGAUCAGCUUUCUGCCUGAUUUCUUUGUCGAAAAAGCUUGUCGGCGCGCCUGGGAUGAAAUCAUGCUCUCGGAGUAUUUAUGUCCUUCCAAGGAGAUGGCUCAGAUCGAGGUCAUCGACCUGUUCCUUAAAAAGGGUGCAUCGAUCAACGCACUAUCUCCGAGAGAAAUGGUUAACUGCCUGCAAGUCGCUCUCCACCGUGGGUGUCAGCAGAUAGCGAAAUUCCUUCUACAGCGCGGAGCCUCGCCUGACAUGUCUGCGACCGACGACGUAGCCACGCCGCUCCAAGCAGCAAUAGAUCGUGGCUACUUCGAUAUCAUUGGCAUUAUCCUGAAACAAGAUGUAAAUGUCAACGCUGCACCGACCCGCCGGAAUGGCAGAACAGCCUUGCAAAUGGCCGCACGAGAUGGCCUGUUCGGGCUGGCAUUCAAACUUCUGGAGCUCGGUGCAGAUGUUGCCGCUCCACCAGCAGAGCAGGGCGGAAGAACUGCAAUUGAUUGUGCCGCGGAGAAUGGCCGCAUCGAUAUGGUUCACUUGCUCUUAAAUGCGUAUAAGGGCGAUGAGGCGAUGGGAGAUGUCUGCGAGCGGGCUGCAGUGUACGCGGAGAAUCAAGGGCAUGUUGAGAUUGCCGAGUGGUUGAGAGAGUAUCCUUCAUAG